CCGCACCACCACCGAUCCCCACCUGCUCUCCAUCCCCUCUCUUUAUCCCUCUCUGGAUCCCCCACCAAACCCUAGCCUUCCUCCUCCCCUCGCGCCGCCACUUUCUCCUUCCUCCACACCUUCUUCUUUCAUCUCUGUGAACAAACGAGAAACAACACCGCCUCCACCUUGCCAUGGCGCCGCCGCUAUGGUCCAUCCCCCGACGAUCUGAGACCACCACCAGAAGCGCCUCAACGUCCUCUACAUCCCUCUGCGAGGAAUCGACCCACGACGCCUUGAAGCACCCGCACCACCGCCGUUUCUUCACCAUGGCCGCCAUACUCCGGCGUCAAUUCCAGCCACCCUCGUCCUCCUCCGGCCAAACCGAGCACACCACCUCCUUCCCCGCGUCGAGCCGCACCUCCGACGCCUCUACCUCGCCCCGAUUCACUCUCAGUUUCCAGAUCCGUGCUCGACCUGAGCCAUCCGCCAUGGCCGUUUCACCAGAAGCUUUCCGCCAGAGUCUGGUUCAAAAACUGCUCGUUCCGUUUCUGUUCACAAACAGUCAAGCAGCGCAGUGGUGGGUCCCCUUCAUCAGCCUCUACCGGCGCCACCUCAGCUUCUUUGCCAGUCAAGGCACAGUCAGCACAUCCUGGCCCCGCUCGUCAUUCCCUGUGGCUGGCUUCCUUUCGCUUUUGCUUCUUCCCGGAUAGGAUCACGAAGUGGUGCAGUGAGAUACGACAAGUUCUCCGGAUGUUCCUCGGCAAGCUUUAACAGGCAAGCAUUUCCCCUAUACUCCUGCCCCUGCAGGAGUUGCUCACCUAUUUUAUUUUGCCUUCUCCCUCAUGCUAUCCUUAAGUUGCGUUCUUGUCACGUGUCCUUUCCACUUGUUACCUCAAGCAACCCAUAUUGCCACCACCACCUCCUACGGCUAUUGUUUGGUUAUCGAGUCUGCCCUUGCGAGUCGUAGUGCAAGCUAGUGCUGUUUUAUCUCGUUACCGUUAUUGUUAUCUUAUCGGGUUAUAUGUUGGGAAGAAUCAUGGUUACUUUAGUUGUUGACAUUUGUUUAGCGGAGGCAUCGGUGGGUCAGCUGAUCGUUUUAUGAUGGCUCACUUGUGUUUCCUAAAUAAUUUAGGACCCGAGUUCUUGUUAUCUGUUCCGAGACUGAGCGCUCUAACCACACGUGGGUAUGCUUACCGGGUCUCCCCUCGACCACUGCCGGAAUCUACAGCUUUGUCCAGUGGCCACAACUAGUUUGGAUGUUUGUUUUGUUUCUCCCGGGCGUGCAAGCUUGUUUCUUUGUGGUCAGAUGAUAUGAUGUUACUUUUGGGGAAGCCGUGUUGCCUUGUAACCCCGUUGUCUCUUGCACGCUCGUAGGAUGCGGUACGUAUUGCUGAAGAUGGAUUCACCCUGCGGGCACUGUUUCCAUCCGAAAGCCGUAGACGCAAACAACUAAGUCCGCGUCGGAGUUUCGAUCGGGCUUCGAAACGGGUUAACUUAGUUAGGUGGCUUCCUGGACAUUGUUGUAGUGAAGGAGAGUGCGUGUCGUGAUAUCCACCUGUCGUAAGUGGGUUGAUCGUGCGUGUGGGCACAUUUGGGCACCCCUGCAGGGUUACAAUCUUAUCGAUAAGCCGCGUCCGCGGUUAUGGACGACUUGGAGCUGUAUGACUCGACCAUAGACAACUUACACCUGUUGUUUAUUAACAAUAACUUGCGUAGUAAGUUAGCACAACUUCAAUAAUAAAUGGUUAAAACUUGACAACCGUGUGAGUGCCUUUGUAAGUACCUCCUGGCGAGGGGGGAACACAUCGGUUGGGUUAUGUUUGCAGAGUAUAGAACUGUUAGAUUGUGCGCUCUCUCAUCUUCUCUGAUUAGACGAAUGUUGUAGAGUGUCUCUAUAGGUUUUUAGUGCUUGCGCGUUGCCGCUUAACCCCACCAUAUUGCCUAUGACGUUCCUCUUGCGUCCUCUAAGUCCCCUGCGUGCCUCAAGUACAAAGGACGACUGGUUGACGAAUGCUUAUACGUCUUGAAGUCUUGUUAAGUACGAACCCGUACUUAUUGUUGCUUCUACGGGAUAUAACCGGGCAGGUAUGAAGAUAUGUUCGAUGAAGACAACGCUAGCAAGGUUACCCUUCCGGCUUGGCCUGGGCAGGGUUAUGGACGCCACUGGUUAUCUUCAGGACUCUUAGUCCAAUUUGUAUCUUGUCCAUACUCGGAUGUAUCCGCUCUUUUGUAUGAUUUGGAUCUUUGUAUUGUAUAUUUGUAUCUUGACUCGUUGGAGUCGUUGUUGUAAUAUAUGUAUCUUGUGGGCUCUAUUGUAAACCUGUUGUAAUGUUACUACUCGUGGUAAUUCCUCUGGCAUCA